AUGGUCGAUCCGACAAAAGACGACUCGUCCGCAUGCACGCGCGACAUCCGACAGCCGCCAAGAGGAAUACGUUCGCUCUAUGAUUCUGCCGGCCCACCUCACACAAGUCCGCAGGAAAAUGCCUCGCGUCCAUCCACCCUUCUUCCUCCAUUGAGCUCGGCAACGUCCACCACUUCGGCUAGCUCGCAUUUUUACUACCAGUCCCACCAGCACUUUUUUCAGAGGAGCACCCCGCGGUUCUCCUCCAGUUACAGUGAUUUUCCUCACAGUAAAGGCUACAAUUACCGGCCACAAGCUCCGCCGAGCCGAUUAAGCUCAUCCAGAACCUCCAUUUUUCAGACACAGAUAAACCCGUUGGAGUACACGCCGGCCGAUCCAGGGGUCGAUCUUUCCAUCUUCUCAGAGGAGGACGCAGUGGUCUUGCGAAAUCUUCUUCCACUGGCAGAGAUCCAUAAAUGGAAGUUUGUUGCAACCAAACUCUCAAAAAGAAGAUCGAAAAAGCUUAAUGCUGACUUCUGCAUCAAAAAGUUCCACGAAAUGUUCGACCUCCCCUUUAACCCGGCCCACUCCCUGUUCAAUUCCCAGUACUUCCUAGGAGCGACUAUUGGUACGGCCCAUUCGCAAAGAAACCUUGAGGGCCUGGUUGGCAGCUCGUUGCCGUACAUUGUUUGCAAAGACGGUUGGAACAAUGUCGAAUACGACACCUCGCACCGGGCCUCGGCAUAA